GCUACUUUACGUGAAGAUUUAUCCAAAUACGGUACAAUUGAAAAUGUUAAAAUUGUCAGGGAAAAAAAUAUCGGAUUUGUUCAUUUUAUGUCUAUAUCUAAUGCAAUGAAAGCUGUACAAAUGCUUCCAACCGAUCCAAAAUAUGCCGGUAAAAAGGUUAAUUACGGUAAGGAUCGAUGCGCACAGAGAUCUAGUGUAGGAAACGGAGUAACACAAUAUGCGUUUCCAGCUAGUUCCCUUAACUUUCAAAGUUUUGGCAGUGCUGCCAUGGGUUUUGGUUUUGACCCAUAUCAUUCUGCUACUGUCGCUGCUUCAAGUCAUAUUGAUAAUGGUUCCGAACUGCGUAGUCCUACGAGUCCAUUAUUCUCUUCCGCUUCUUCUGCAGCUGGUAGUUCGGCUUCGGGAUCAGGAGUUGGAAACAGAACUGUUUAUCUUGGUAAUAUUCAUCCGGAUACUACUUGUGAAGAAAUAUGCAAUGUUAUUCGAGGUGGCAUUCUUCAACAAAUUCGUUAUAUGCCAGAAAAGCACAUUGCUUUUGUGACAUUCAUUGAUUCUAGUUCAGCCAAUAGUUUUAUGUAUAUUGCACAACAAACGGGUGUGAUGGUCAAAAAUCGACGGCUUAAAGUUGGAUGGGGAAAGAAUCCUGGACCUUUACCUGGUCAUAUUCAACUGGCUGUAAGUACUCAAAGUGCCUCGCGCAAUGUUUAUGUUGGACAACUAGAUGAUAGCAUCACUGAAGAAAAACUUAGACAAGACUUUUCUGAAUAUGGUGAUAUUGAACUGGUGAAUAUUCUUAAAGAAAAGAAUUGUGGUUUUGUCAAUUUCACUUCCAUUAUGUCCGCCAUCAAAGCCAUUGAUCAAAUUAAGCUGAAGGAUGAAUAUAAAAAAUAUCGUAUUAAUUAUGGUAAAGAUCGUUGUGGUAAUCCGCCGAGAGGCAUUACAAUUGGAGGAAUCAACAACGGUAGCGUUAUUAAGGCUAGCAAGGGACGUAACAAUGGCGAAUCCGACGCUAGAGUUCUUCAUGCCGGGGAUACUUCGGAAUCUGAUGGUAGAAACAUCGAUGGUAUCGAAGACGAUGGUGUAGAAGUUGACGACGAAUAA